CACCCAAACAUAUAUAAUAAGAGAGAUAAGAGAGUUGUUAGAGUAAAAUUGUAAAUAGAUACUGUUAUCAGUAUUUAUAUGCAGUUGAAAUCAAGAAAACAGCUAAGGUAGACACAAAAUGAAUUCGAGUGGCAUAAUUCCAGACAUCAUUGAUAAUAGCCCUAAAACGCUGGUGCAGCUCUGUUAUCAGAAAGUUAAAGCCGGUAGGGAAUUAACGCCCACUCAGGUUAAGUAUCAACCCACAGCCAGUUGGGAGGCGGAAGAUGAUGCCCUGUAUACUCUGUUUAUGUUAGACGUCGAUCCACUAUCACUUGUCGAUCGCGAAAUUUUACACUGGUUGAUUAUUAAUAUUCCGGGCAAUAAAGUGACCGAAGGUCAAACUGUUGCGGAAUAUAUAGGCUCUGCAUCAUCGCAGGGCACUGGCUUGCACCGUUAUGUUUUUUUAGUCUUUAAGCAGGCGGGCAACAUUGAAACUACGCAAUUCAUAACAAAAACGUGCCGCGAAGGUCGUAUUAGUGUGAAGACAAGAGAUUACAUUGCGAAAUAUAAUUUAGGUGAUCCCAUCGCUGGAAACUUUUAUCAGGCGCAAUACGAUGAUUAUGUGCCGAUAUUAAAAGCGCAAUUUUCUUAGCUAAUUACACAAAUAAAAUAAUAAGAAAAAUUUGCAAUUCUUUAUUAAAUAAUAUUUAUUAAUGGUUUCUUUGACUCUUUUAAUAAAUAAUAAUUAAUUAUUUGUAAUUAAUUGUUUGCAGUACUAUUAAUUGUUUUGAUUUCAAAAUAUUAAAUAGCUUUAUAGAAACUCCUUAAACUAAUAAAUUGUUAAUUUAAAUGUUUAACCAGUUAUAUCGUUUUUUUGUACGUUUACGAUAUGUCACAACUCAAAAUUCCGUUAUAAGCAAAGCUCUGUAAUUACUGACAUGCGCAUUCGAGUGAUAAACAUUUGUGUAAUCUGCAACGUUUUUAACCAAAGUGCGAGCUCUGUAUAAAAAUCGCUGGAAUUAAAAGAAAUUGUAACGAAAAAUAGUGAUAAAUAAAUUGAAAUUAAAUUAAACUUCAAAUUAAUCAAAUAUUAUAUUCCAAAGUUAAAAGUUGAAA